UCGGGCUAAAUUAAAUUUCACUCUUUUGAAAUCUUUCAAUUAGUUUUGGCCGCUUUUAACAGGAUUAAAUUACAAUAAAAACCUUAUUGGAGUCAUUCAAAUCACGCAACAAAUAACAAUAUCAAAAUCUGUAAUUGUUUUUGCAAUAAUCAAGUCGGUAAAAAGUUCAAACAAAAAGCUAUGAAUUCUCUACUCCAGCAUUCUCCGGAACACCAACAUCAACCACUGAAUCUUUGCAACCAGGGCAUUUUUAACACCAGUCCUCAAAAAACCCUCAAACGCGAUUUGAUAAGUCCACAUCAGGAAGAAAGAAGGCCGACUGUGGGUCAAGUCGGGUCCGAAGUGCAGUCGCGGCAACACGAAGUGAGUCCGACUACUUUGUUGGAGCACGACGAGACAACUUUGGGAUCCGAGGAGCAAACCGAGGAGGCAGAGGAUGCAUGUGGAGGAGACCAGUCGAGAAUCUGGACUUUCGAGGAGCAAUUUAGACAGCUUUACGAAAUCGACAGCGAUCCCGAAAGAAAGAAGUUUCUAGAUGAUUUGUUCGCGUUUAUGCAGAAAAGAGGCACUCCGGUGAACAGAAUCCCGAUCAUGGCUAAGCAGACUCUGGAUCUGCACCUUCUGUUCAAACUGGUGGUGGCCAAGGGGGGACUUGUGGAGGUCAUCAACCGGAAACUGUGGCGGGAGAUCACCAAGGGUCUCAACCUCCCCCAUUCCAUCACCAGUGCCGCUUUCACCCUCCGAACACAGUAUAUGAAGUAUCUCUACCCAUACGAGUGCGAAAAACACAAUCUAAGUACGAUGGAGGAGCUGAACGCCGCAAUUGAUGGGAACCGUCGGGACUCCCGCAACAUCCAGAGCCCUCCGACCUCCCCCAUUCUGAACCCAGGGGGUGCAUUUGGAAUGCCCUUUCACCCUGGCUUCGGCCGCCCGCCGUACGGCUUUGACGGAGGAAUGAACAAGUUUGGAGUAUUUGGGUUUCCGGGAAUGCCAGGUGUGAACCCAAUGGGUUUUCAGCCUAGUCAACAUGGGAUGUUACAGACAGCCAAAAAUAUAACCACAAGUGAUGACCGAAACAAAUUCAGCUUUGGAAUGAAGCCGAACCCACCAGAUAUUUUCAACCAGUCAGCAAUUGCUGCAUUGCGUGCCAAAUUCCUCAGCUCACUUUCGGCUAAUCAAUAUCUGAACAACCCGAACUCAUUCGCUUCUUCGGCGGCCGGCCUCUCAGCUGGUGUGCCGGUUCCGACGAGCAUUGGUGGGGCUAAUUUGAACCAGGGCACAAAUGGCGGAUCAGGUUACCCCUCCGCGGCCGCAACUGCAGCUGAUAUUUUAUCACAGAGGGUCGCAUUAGCCCAAAGCCAACAGAUUGCAGUCAUGCAGGCGAUUUACGAGCAGCAGCAACUAUCUGCUAUCGAAAACCUUCAGAAAACUAUCUCGAGUAAUUCAGGCGUGAACUACAACGAAACACAAAAUGAGGAUGGAGCCAGAUCAAGCAGCGAGAAGAAAGAGGCAGUUUCUUCUCCUUUUAAGGAAAUGGAAAAACUUAUUCCCAAUGUCACAAUAGUCAACUCUGAAAAACCAUCACCGAGUGAAAACAAUUCGGAAAUUAAAUCGCCCAGCGAGGAGAAGUUUAGUGGAUUGAAACGACAUUUGAGUGACUUGUCGGCCGUCAGUUCGCCGCCGACUAAGCGACGACUCGUGUUUGAGUCUCCGAUCCAACAGCAGCCACUGGAGUUGAAAGUGCAUAAGAGCGAACAAGAGAUUGGCCAUGUCUCACAAGGCUCGAAUAGCAUCGCUGACCAGCUCUCGUUGAAGCACAAUUUAGAAAACGUCCGAGUUAAUUUCGUAGAACGAUCUUCGCCUAGUGAAGUCUCGUUGAAAAUUACAGUGGACGGAAAAGUAUUCGAAGGGACACUUAGAGUACAAAACAACAUCAACGCCUCUUCCCCGCAAACCAUAUCGCCAACCGAAUCAGGGAGCUUCGCAUUUAACCCAAAUCAGUCCAUACUAGCACCUAGGAGCAGCUAUCCAGUGUUCCCAACCUCAAGACAAAAUGGAAAAGCGUCGCCGUCAUCGAAAACAAAUUUUCACAACUUGGGCAGUGAAAUAGCUGCACAGAACAUGUGAUCAUUUUCGUAAUACAACCACGAAAUCGUGUAAUAAUCAAAUUGGAAAAAAGCCUCAAAUAAGAGUUGAAGGCGAACUUGAUAAUAUUUGAUGUUGCUCGAACUAAUAAAUAAAAACAACUUCGUCGAAUUAGUACUCGAAUGC